UUUGAGGAUCUCAAAAGAAGGCGUAAGGCAUUUAAAGCACGCCGUGAAUGUUUACUUGCCAGUCCUCCAGUGACAAGAAGAACUGCCUGUAGUGAAGUUCCAGCACAAACAGCCAAACAGUCACUAACCACGCCGCCAAGAACAAGAAAAAUCGUUGGAAGCGAGGAGUUAGCGUGGACUGCUGCAGAUUCCCCAGAAAAUUUAUCGGUUCGGCGGCCAAGGGCACCAGUGGAAACAGAUGCUGCAAGAGAACACGGCUUACCAAGUUACUAUCAGAAAAGCAGGCGAGAGCGAGAACCAGCGGAUAAUCGCAAUGCAUAUUACGAGUUACUGAGAAGGCCAGAGCAAUACGAAACAAGAGUGCGAAAUGGUAACAGCGAUUAUCGUCUGCCUGAUCCUAUUAAAAUGGCACAAGUGCCGAACUGGGAUUUUAUCAAUCCGCGUUUUGUAGAAAAUAGAGGUGGAGCAUGGACAUUUAAAAAACGAAGCAACGUUGAAGAGUUCAAUAGGCCAGAUUACGAAAAUAGGAGAAUGCGGUACUAG